UUUUCAGAUUAGGACCCAAAUCCACUCACCCCAAACACACACACACAAACACAGUCAGCGGAAGAACACUUGCAAUGGCACACCAGCUAACCCGCCGCACAUCCACCGUUCUCCGACCGAUCUCCGCCGCCCGCCUCCUCACCACCUCCGGCACCACCCCGAUCACCGUCGACACCGCUCCCCUUCACCACCCACACAACCUCGAUCCCCCCUCAUGGGAGAAAGGACGAUUGCUCCAAGGGGAAAGGGGGCUCGAUGCAUUUCUACAGGAAGGAGGGCGGAUUUUACGGCGUCCAUGGAAUUUUCGGGGCUCAGAUCCCGUUGGGCUGUGGAUUGGCUUUUGCGCAGAAGUAUAGUAAGGAUGAUAAUGUCACGUUCUCCAGAUACGGAGAUGGAGCGGCCAAUCAGGGUCAGCUGUUUGAGGCUCUGAAUAUGGCCGCGCUUUGGAAUCUGCCGGCCAUUUUUGUCUGCGAGAACAAUCACUAUGGAAUGGGAACAGCAGAGUGGAGGGCUGCUAAGAGUCCAGCUUAUUACAUGAGGGGAGAUUAUGCUCCUGGGUUGAAGACCUGUUUGGAUGGUGUUCCUUCUCCAAUUUACUAA